UAACACGCUGAACAUGACAUUGGAGGCAAACCUGGUUGUUCGGCGUAAAACAGUGUAAGCUUAUGUCUAGCGCGAAUAAGUUUAACUGAACAAAUGAGUAAAAAAUCGGGGAGCGAGAAUGACAAACCGUCAGGGACCAGUCCGAGGAGAGUGGAGAAUCCAUCGCUUGAACUCACCGUUGAAAACGUGCAGAGACUGGAGAAGGAGUUGAAGGGACUGGACAAGUUGUAUGGUUCAAGUCAGUCCAUCGAGGGGUACGUGAAAACAACAGAAUAUUUUGGUAGGACACCGCAAAUAAGCAGGAAAGCUUCUCGUGAGGGACACAGAAGCCUCUCAAGAAAUUCCUCCUCUGGCACCUCUCCCGAAUGUGUAGACAUCCUUGGACUGGAUGGAACAGUCAUCACUAGAAUAAGCAGAUCAACUCAGACUGAAUGGAACUGGGUCUCACAGAAGCACAAGAAUAGUCUGUGCAGUCAGACUGAAGAAUAUGUGGUGAAUCAUGAAAAGACACCUGUCGAGCACGAGGACCAUAAAGGCCCUGACUCUGAGGAGAUGGCUGAGAUGGAAAUCAUGGAAGAUAAUGAGGAGACUGUAACAAAGAGCCGAGAUUCACAAGUCCCUCCUCAAUUGGAGCAUUUGACAGGGGAGUUUGACAAGAUCACAGUCCUGACAUCCAGUUCAGAUUCAUCUGUGAAGUUACCCGAGUGUGAGUUGGCAUCUCUUCUGUGUGAGUACUGCCGCCGAGGGAAGAAACCCCCAGUGACUCGCGAGCAGCUGGAGAAAAUGACCGACCCAGAGGAGUUGUUUUGUUGUGAGGUUGCCUGGAGGAUGGCCGAUCUCGAGGAGCAGGAGGAAGAAGAGACUGAAAAGGCCUCUAAAUCUGUACAGGAGAAGAGAAAGAUCAAUGAUGUCGACCCUCGUCCCCUUUUGACCGAAAGCAAAGAGAGGCUAGCGCACAUGCUGAGAGAAUGGGUGUCUAUAAGAUCCCAAGACUCACACUACCCCUCUGGGUUUUACACCAGAGAACGUUCAUCAGGAGAUAAAAUGGUUCCAAAGAAUACCAUCUGCUAUCGACUUUCAAAUGACUUAUGGAACAUCCAAGAGGAGUCUCAACUUCCGGAAAUGGAAAUCAUUACCCCUCCUGAGACAUUGAACCUUCCAGAUAGGGAACCAGGGGUCAAGAGGACAAACAUUCUUGUAAGAUACUACAGGAAUGGCAAAACAUUUGUCCUUAUAUUUCCAGACGGAACAGGACAUGUUUUCUAUCCAUCAGGUCGGAUUGCAGUCCUUAUAUCUUCAGUCCAUCCUGGUCAUUUUAUUUAUAUCAUACUGGAGGACGCUCCACUCUUGCCGCGGAUUCAGGCCAUUUUCACAUCCAGGGGCCAGGCCACGUGCUAUCACCCCAAUGGUCUUGUUUGUGUCAAUCUGACCCGUGUGGGAGGUACCUGGUGCAGUGAGAGUGGGGCGCUGAAGAGAUGCUGGAGCUGGCUGGACCUCAGUGCUCAUGUCCACGCCCCGCCUUUCCAGCCCAUCAACAUGAUGCUGAGCCCCCGCAUUAGCAUCCGCAUCUGCACCCAGGAGAACAUCUACCUCGCCUUCACCGCUGGCAAGAACAGUGUGCGCUUCAACAUGGGGACCAAACUCAAGGUGGGAAACUCAAAGGGCCUCAUGUGGCCAGGCCCUGACAUCCUUGAGUCUUAUCUCCACAAGAGAAGUGUGCAGAUCUCCAGCCUGCUGCAGAAGCUCCAGGGCAGCGUGUCCUUUAAGCGGCCCGAGCCUGGCCAGGUCAGCUCCCAGUACAGCCUCCGUGCCCAGGGGAAGAAAAGGAAGGAGCAGGCAAAGAACCGAAAGGCAUCCAAGCCCAAAUUACCUCAUAUCCUAACAAAAAUGGCACGAUUGAUUGCAUAGAGACAAAUGGAUUCAUUUAAGAAAUAAAAGCAGAAAUACAAU